AUGGCUCCGAAGGAAAAUGGCGUUCGAGGAAUCCCGUCGGUUCCCGGGGAGACUUUACGUUCCGGUAAAGCUCUGGAGAGAGUACGCGGCGAGGUACGGCGUGCUGAUAGAGACUGGGGUUUUGAUUUUGACUUCUUCGUCGUCAUCACAAGUUCUCCACUUUCUCGAUUGUCUUACGGAGAGAAUUCCGAGUGA